AUCAAAUGAGUCCUUACAAAACCAAGUUAGUGUAGCGCUGUUGGCUCUACCGUCACUAACAGCUGACCACCAUAACAACCAACAUCACGUUAACACCAUGCCUGCUGAGGAGAGUUUUACUAAUAAAGGAGGACCCCAUGGCUUAGGUGAUCCUGAUGAUAAGUCUUUACGGAGAGUUGAAAUUGAGGUGUGUAUACCAAAGAGGAUGCGUGAUAUAGCCCGAAGGGAGAAGUGUCCAAAGGAGGUGGAAGAAUUUACAAAGUGCUGUAAGGAUUCCAGCUACGCCAUGGUGGUCAAGUGUCGCCCACAAAACACUGCCCUCUGGGACUGCCUCACCAAGUGGUACCAUGAUAAAGAUUUUAAGGAUUACUGCACAAAGUUAUACCUAGAAGAAAGAACUGAAUAUCGAAAAACAGGAAUGACACAGAAAGAGAAGAGCAGGCUAGCCACUUCAGGAUUUUAAUCUUUAUUGAAUUGUUAGUUUAUUGUAUAGCACACACACACACACACACACACACACACACACACACACACACACACACACACACACACACACACACACACACACACACACACACACACACACACACACACACACACACACACACACACUUUUUUUGUAAAGUAUUAAGUGAUGAUUGUUAAAUAAAAACAUAUUUCAGUUAUCGAAAAUAUCAUUACAGACACUGAUAGUCCUACAGUACUGUAAACACACCACUGACAGUCAACCAGUAGACAGCCAGACAUUAUCGACAAAGGACAGACAGUGUUUUCCUCUUCCACUAAGAUGCCUUCCCCAACCCCAGCCACAGUAAGUCACUUUUUAUACAUGUAUUGUAUUUAUUAAUUUAUCUCAGUACUACUGUAGUAGGGAAGCACAGGGGGGGGGGGGGUAUUAUAAGAGCUGCAUUUCUCCUUUUCUUUUCUACUUAAUUUAUACAAUGGUAGUUAACUUUUAAACUCUUCAACUUGGUUUUCUCUUAAUUUCUUACUUCAUUUAUUUUUUCAAUUAGUUUUGUCUAGUUAUUUCAUUUCAUAUAGUUACUCCAUAACCUCUGACCUUUGGUAGCGUGGCUCAAGGGUUAUGACACAUGGGUACAUUGUAAUUCUGGUAUCAAGCAAUAGGAAAGAAAGACAGUAAAAUACUGCAGGUAAAUGAUACUCCUAACAUACAAAUAAAAUGGUUUAUUAAAA